GGGAUUUUCUAUACGUUUCUGGUCGGACGGUUUUAAAGACGUACCAAAUAGUACAGCUUUCACACGUUUACUUGUUUACAUUUAGCUUAACGCUUACUUGAAGUAAGAAAAUCUUCUGCAGCGUUGUAUUCAGUUUAGCAUUAACUAAAACAGAGCAGGUGUCAGCAGCUCAAAUAACUCUCAGAAUAAGCUAACGAGUCAAAGCCUGCAGACAUGCUCCUGGUGGACCCUGGUCUGUUCAUCGGCACCGCAGCCGACCUCAACGACAAGCAGGCAUUGACAAACGCAUCUGUCACUCAUAUCCUUUCCGUGUGCUGCGUGGACCCCACUCCCCUUCUUUCCGCUGAUAGUCGCCUUCGUAGUAAGUGGGUCAACGUUUUAGAUGAGGUUACUUCUGAUCUCCUGAGUCACAUGGACAGUUGCUUCCUGUUCAUUCAGGAGGCUGUGGAGGGAGACAUGGCUGCGCUCGUUUAUUGCCAGGCUGGUCGGAGUCGCAGUGCCACCGUUGUGACAGCUUAUUUAAUGAAAAGAUAUCAGCUGGGCUUUAAAGAGGCUUAUAAUAAGCUGAAGGGUCUCAAACCAGAUGUCCAGGUCAACAGCGGUUUUGAGGAACAGUUGUGCCUUUAUGAAGCCAUGCAGUGUAAAGUGGACACCUCCAGUCCUCAGUACAAACAAUACAGACUGACCAAGCUUACUGAGGAAUACUCUGAUUUGCAGCAGGUUCCCAGAGAAAUGUUUGCUGUUGACCCGGUCCAUUGCAGCAUUUCUGAAUUAUCCUACCGCUGCAGAAAAUGCAGACGGACUCUGUUUCGUGGCUCCAGUAUUCUCAGUCACACAGUGGGAAAAGGAGCGUUAGCCUUUGGUCACAAGAAGUCCAGUAACAACACUGGUGACGUCCAGUGCACGUCUUACUUUAUCGAACCAGUACAGUGGAUGGAACAAGCUUUACUGGGAGUGAUGGAUGGACAGCUGCUGUGUCCUAAGUGUAGCUCGAAGCUCGGCUCAUUCAGCUGGUCCGGGGCUCAGUGUUCCUGCGGGCGCUGGGUCACUCCUGCUUUUCAACUGCACCGCAACAGAGUGGAUGAGAUCCGACAAAGGAACGUGCAGCAAUGACACCCACACAAUCUGCCACUCGAGGCAGGCAUAACAUAGUCUGCUAUUCAUAGGUAUAAUUCAAAGGACAUCAUAUCUUCUAUAACUACAGUCCAAAUAAACUGAAGUGAAAUCAAAACUAAUGAGCCUGGCCCUGUAUAUUAGAAUCCUGGGUGAUCCUGGGCUAGAAGAUCAGUAGCAGUAGAGUGUUUUUGCUAGUAUCAUUCAGGUAGCCUCAAAUUUCAUGUUCCAAAAAAUAAACCAAUACUGUGAUUUAUACAUAUGAGACCAUUGUUAGGGUUUUUGUAAAUAAUGUCCAAAAAUGAACUUUAUCAUUCAGAUCACAUGAGAGACAAAAGCACUUAUCUUGGAGUUACUAGUCACAGCUGAUGCAGUACAUGAAUGAGCUUUUUUCAUUCUGCCUUCAGGAGACACAGCCCAACCUCAUUAGUAAUGACAUGUUUACCACAAGAUGGCAGCUCUAAUGAGGGCUAAUGAAACCUCUAGAACUCCUCUGACUGCUUGAGAAAAGCGUUUUGACAAGAGGAGGUUGUUCCACAGAGAGACUGAGCUCAGCAAGACAUGCAGCAACAUGGCGCAAACAUGAGAAAGCUUUGGAAAGCGUGACCAAAGACAUAGAAGAAUGAAUAAUUAUCUCAGAUGUCUGUCUGCUUCACAAGCCUGCAAAGCGUUCUGACAGACUGGAUGCAGCGAGUCUCUCCCUCAGCCACAGUGAAGCAGACAUAACUGCUCUGCUAAUCACCCAUGUUAAAGCUGCCAUGUUUUCAUUGGCACUAUUUAGGGGACAUAUUUUGUUCUGGAGAUCUAUAAAAUGAGAUUAUUUAUUGUGUAACUAAUAAAGUGCAAAUACAGUUAAAAUUGUAACCAGUUCAAAGUUGAUGUACAGAGCAGUUGUAUGUACUGUAGGUACAACAGAUGUUGUUUAUAAAGUAAAAUCAGUUUUAAAGGUG